GAUUGGCCCAGCCCUUCCGGACGUUGCGCUUCAAGGCUUUACAAGCUGCGUCGUUGGGCCGGGGAGGUGGGAAGGUGUUUGGGAAAGGUGGUCGAAGUUGUUGGUGUGGCUUGAGCGUCUCGCCAUGACUCAGACUCUGAAAUAAUGCAGCAAAAAAAAAAAAAAGCAGCAAAUGAAAGGAAGUCUCUGCAAGCAGGAGGGCAGGGGCUGCCCCCCGGGGCGUGGCCAGAGGGGCCGGAAGUGACGUCGCAUUGCGCGCGCUCUGUCGGUAUGGCGGAGCGGGUGCUUUUCCGGCGCGGCACCGGACAGAGCGACGACUCGGACGUGUGGGACGACACCGCCCUCAUCAAGGCGUAUGACAAGGCCGUGGCCUCCUUCAAGAACGCCUUAAGGAAUGGAGAGUGCUCGGAGCCUUCGGAUAGGCAAGAUCAGCGCCUGCGGAUGAAGAGGAAAAACAAUAGGAGGAACAGGAAUAGGAAGAAGAGCAACGCCAUGCCUAUGAAACAGUGGAAAGUUGGUGACAGCUGUAAUGCUGUUUGGUCUGAGGAUGGUAACGUGUACCUAGCAACUAUUGCCUCCAUCAAUCAGAAGAGGGGCACGUGUGUUGUUACUUACACGGGAUAUGGAAAUCAGGAGGAGCAGAACCUGUCUGAUCUACUUCCCCCAGCCAGCGAUGAAACAGUAAAUGGGAUGGGCAGUUCUGGGGAGAAUGAAAAUGAGACUCCAUAUUCAACAGAUGAAAGUGAAAAAUCUUCACAAUCGGCUCAAAACAAAAACUGUACUAAAGCAAGAUUCUCCCCUCAAAACCUACGUUUUCCUUCACCACCAGGAGCCCCAGUCCUGGAAAGGCCUGGAUCAAAAUUCAAGACACCUCCAUCAUUUUUAUCACGCUGGCCCCCACCCUUCCCAGCAGGACCACCGUUGAUUCCUCCUCCACCACCUAUUGGGCCAGACUCUUCUGAGGAUGAUGAAGCAUUGGGGACCAUGUUGAUAGCCUGGUACAUGAGUGGUUAUCACACUGGCUAUUACCUGGGUUUAAAACAAAGUCGGAUGGAAGCAGCACUGGAGAGAGAAACACAUGCAAAAUAACUGAAUUCUGUCAUUGUUUUGAAGGACUACUUUUUAUGGGAAUGACAAUACCGGAACUAGAAAACACAGAGUAUUCUUUCAGAAGCCAGCUGUGGUAGUGAUGUGUGUUGCAGUGCUGCUACUGGUGGCCAUGGCCCGGAGAACAGUGUACCAUCCCGUUAGAAGGAGAUACCUUAAGAGCCUGAUUAGCAUCUGACAGCUGGAUGCAGAAAGGCUUGUUUUUUGUUACAAAUGCUUGUUAAUAAAAUUCUACUUUUCAAACGUUGAAUUUAGGGUUGUGGUUUAGUUUGU